ACAUUCAAAGUUUAUAGAGCUCCUCUAGUAUAUUUGGGUACAUUUGCACCGCCCUGGUGGAGCUGGAUGUACGGAGGUCGGUGGGUUUGCACCGUUCGGCAGAGCUGGAUGCACGGGGGUCGGGACAUUUGCGUCACCCAACUCUGCACGCUGUGUACAUGGAGGUCGGUGCUUUUGCACCGCUCGGCAGAGCUGGGUUCAUGGGGGUCGGUGUGUUUGCACUUCUAUGGCAGAGCUGGGUACAUUGAGGUCGGUGGGUUGGCACUACUAUGGCAGAGCUGGGUGCAUGGAGGUCGAUGUGUUUGCACCACCCCGGCAGAGCCGGGUACAUGGAGGUCGGUGCAUUGACGGAGCUGGAUAUAUGGAGGAUGUGUGCAGCAGGUUGGACGCCAGCGCCGGCUGCUCUGACCAAAGAUCUUAUAGCGCUUUCGCUGUAAGAUCUUUGGCUCUGACACUGGGCUGAUGAAUAAUAUACGUGGUGGCGCCGCGGGCAUUGUUGCGCCUGGAGAAUGCGCUAGUGGCAGUUUGUGGCGGGACCUCCACCUUCUGGGAGCGGGAGGCAGGACCAAAGAUCUUAUAGCGAAGUUGGGCAGGACAUCGCCGUUUUCACCUAAGACGGGAGGCAGGGAAAACAUGAAGCACUUGUUGAAUGAGUUUAAAGGCUUGUACGAGGGAAAAUUGAGACACUUGGGGAAUAAAGAUGAAAGCAAAGACACUCUAAAGAUGAAAGUCACGAUUCUUCAGUCUUAUGUUAAUGACCUUGGUGAUCAGAAUGAAGCCUUGAUUCAGAUGAUUGAAGAACUUGAAAAAUUAGCGAAUGAAAAGAUUUCAAAUCUGGAUAACAGACUGCAGAAAGCUGACCAACUAUUAAAUGAACAAAAAUUAAAAUGGGAACUGUCGAAAGAAGAAACUGAUCGUUUACGUCGUGAAAACCUGAACGUAAAAAUUGAUCUUCAUACCCUGGUUGGUGCUAUCCAGCAAUCUGAAACAAAUGAAAAAUUUGAUACUGAAGUUCAGGAGAAUAGGGUUAAUGGUCCUGAAACAGAACACGAAAGAGACAAGAGUGAAGCACAUCGGACAGCAUUGCAAGAGCGGAAUGAAGCAGAUGUUGACCACAAGUCAUUUCAGCAAGAACAACAUAAGGUUCAAAACAAGACACUGAAAGAUCAAAUGAAGCAAAUUCAACAGCAAUACAGUGAAACGGUGGAGGAGAAUGGACGUUUGCAAGCCCGACUUGAAGCUUGGAUGAUCACUGCACAGAGUGAACAUGAGAUACUUUCAAAAGAGGUGUUUUGUAAGGAAGACAUUCUCCAUAAACUACGAAUGAAGCAAUUAAGUCAAGAUGAAAAAUACAAUGCAGCACAAGAAAAGAUCCAGCAUCAAGAAAAGUUGCUAAAACAACUGCAUCAGAAGUAUUUGACUGCAGUUAAUGUAGUUGAAAAUCAACAACAGAUGAUUCAGUCUCUGGAACAGGAUCUUCAAACUGCCAUGAUUGCUGAAAAAGAAAUGGCUACUGGGGUGGCUGAGUGUGAAGGAACGAUUAAACAUUUGGGAAUGGAAUUAUCUUCAUUACAUUCAGCACAAAAAUUGGACAAUAGGACCAUUAACCAGAAGAAGCAGAUUAUUCAUGAGAUGCAGCAAGAAAGUAAUUCAUGGAUGCAGAAAUUGAAAGAUGCCCUUUGCAAGAUUCACCAAAAAGAACACAAAUUAGGUGCUCUGGAAGAAGAGCUGAUGGAGGCCAAAAAGCAAUAUUCUGUCUGCUAUGAAAAGUUCCUCCAUGGAGAAAAAAUCACGCAGCAGUUAAAAGAAGAAACUGUUGAGCUGACAGACCAAAUAAAACAGCAUUCCCAAGAUAUCAACGUGCUCAGUGCUGAGAAGCAGAAAAUAGAACUGGAGGUGACAGUAAUUACUGAAAAGUAUAGAACUGCUCAACAUGAGGUGGGCAAGCAAGACCAGAUUAUUCUAAAACUGAAGACUGAUUUGGAAACGGCACAGGCAAAAUAUGAAGGAGCAGAGGAAGAGAUUGACGAUGAAAGAGCUGAGGUCAGCAGACUUAAUAAAGAAUUAAAAGAUCUGCAGCAAGAAACAUGCAAACUAAGGAACAUUAAAAAUGUACAACAAGACCAGCUGAAUAGGGCUGGAACAUCUAUUCAGGAAUUUGAACAUGAACAAAAAAUGCUCCUGGAAGAGAUCCAAACAAUAAAAAAGAAAAUGAUAAAAUUGCACAAUGAUUUGGAUGUCACAGAACAAACGUACAAUGAUGACUUCCAACGGUGGUCACAGAAAAACACUUUGCUGCAAGAUUCUUUAGAUGCAACAAUUGCUGAGUUUCAGGAUGCUGUUUGCAAAAUGCAAGAGUACAAAACUAUUGGAAUAAACCUCAAAGAAGAUUUGGAAAAACAACUGCAUCUUCAACAUGAAACCACAAGAUUAGUUGAAAAGCAUGAAGACACCAUCCAAAAACAGAAAUAUGAGCAGAUGCAUUUAAAAGAGCAAAUUGACUAUCUGCAGAAUAAAGUUACAGAAAGUCACAAUCAGGCAAUUGUUUCUGAAUCUACAGCAGAUCUAUACAAACAGAAAUAUCAAGCUAGCACUGAUAGAAUACAUGACCUAGAGAAUCAUGUGAGAAAUCUUGAAGAAAAAUCAAAUCGUCAGGUAUUUGAAGCAAAUCAAGCUAUUUGUAAUUUAAAAGCUGAUAUAGUGACUUUGCAACGUCAAUAUGAAGAAAAAUGCAGCCAAAUGGAAACUCGUGAAGAAAUGAUUGAUCAGCUGUCAGAACGAUUGAAUGGAAGUCAAAUGGACCUACAGAGCAACAAGGACCACAUUCAGCAGUGCGAAGAAUUAAUCCAGAGGUUAAAUGAGGAGGCCCACAAGAUGCAAAUGGAGAUUGCAGAACAAGAUGAAGUAAUUCUACAACUCCAGUCAGGCUUAGCAGAGUAUCAAAUCAAUCACGGUCAUUCAAAUGAAGAAUAUGUUGGACAAGUUGCACAUGUUGAUUACUUGGAGAAGGAACUUGAGUCGGUAAAAAAUGUCUGUGAUGAAAAAAUCAAUAGACUCGGAGAAUGUGAACGAACCAUACUCGAUCUCAGAGCAGAAAUAACUAAAUCUGAAGAUGAACGAAAGAAAUGUGUACUUGAAGUGGAGAAACUUGACAAAGCCUCGAAAACCCUUCAACUGAAUGCAGCAGGCUCUGAAAAUAAACACAACCUGGAACUUGAACAAAUAUUAAAGCAAAUUACCCAACUUGAAAAUGACCUUGCAGAUUCUCAGAAAAGCUGCAAUCAAAUGGAUCAGGCAAUAUGGAAAAGAGAUCAACUCCUACAGAAAUUAGAGGCCGAACUCCAGGAAUCCAAGGAACAUAUCAAAGAGAAAAUGUCUGAGGUGAAAGAUUUGGACAGCGUAGUAGCAGACCUGCAAGUAGAGCUACAGGAUUUGCAGACUCACAAGAUUCAGACUGAAAGAGAAAAUACAGCACUAAGAACUGAUGUUCAGCAGUUGAACCAGGAGCUACACACUUUCCAUCAACAAUACAGAGAGAAGGCUCAAGAGCUUGCAAAUCAGGAAGAGAAAAUGGUUUUAGUGGAGUCCAACUUGCUAGCUAUGGAGAAACAGCUAAAUAACAAAAUAUCUGAGGGAAUUCAUCAAGAGCAAAAGCAACAACAAUUGCAUAUGCAAAUAAAAAUGCUGAAAGAACAUCUUGAAACUAAAGAGGAAGAGAUGAACAAAUACAAGCAAGAGAAAGAGGAGUUGAGAAAUGAAUUGAAUUUGGCAAAACAACAUCAGGAAAUCCUAAUCCACCAUCAAGACAGCCAAAAGACAGAGAUAGAACUAGGAAAUGCCAAGGAGCAGAUCCAAGCUCUGCAGCAACAGGUUCAACACCAAAAUGAUCUGAUAAGGUAUUUACGGGAUGAGCUUAAUGAGGAACAAAACAAAUAUCAGGAGCAACAAAAGAAACUGGUUAAAUUAAACCACCGUAAAUCUGAAUUGGAGGCAGAGGUGGAUAACCUCAGAAUCAAGAAACAAAGUGAAAUACAGAUGAUGAAGGUGGAAGAGAUCUCAUAUCUGCAAAACAAAUAUUAUAGUAUCUGCAAGGAGCUAAUGAUAGUAAAGUCUCAAGUCAAAGAUCUUCAGUUAAAGUUGGCAACCGAGAAGGAAAAGACACGGAGCCAUAAUGAAGAGGUGGAAGCCCAGAAACAAGCACUGGAAGGUGCACAAAGUGACAACAGUCGGCUACAUGAAGAAAGUGAGUUAAUGGUUUCAAGUGUUAAACAGUGGAUCGCAGAACAAGGGAUUGCAAAUGCUAUUUUGGGUAGAAAGAUCCACGAACAGAACCAACUUGUCUCACGCCUAACUUUGGAUAAUAUUUGUUUAAAGGAAGCCAUUGAAAAUUUGAAUCAAGAAUUGAAGAAGGUGAAAAAUGAGCUGGAAGAAGGGAAAAAUGAAACAGAACAAAUAAGGGCAACACGGAAUAAUUCUGCCAGGCAGCAAACAAUGCUCAAUCAACUCAGAAGUUGUCAGGAAGAUCAAGAGCAUGAGCAGGAGAACCUCAAAACAGAAAAACUUGCAGCUAUUGAAGAUAUGCACGGCAGAUUGAAAUCCAGCAUUGAGUCCAUAGAACUGCUGCACCAACAGCUGCAUACACUCGAUGGAGAAUACCUGAAGCAAUCGAGGCAGCUGAAAAAGGAACAGACCCACCGUCAUAGGUUGGAAUUGCGGUCGGAAACCUGUGGUCAGACCAUCUUAUCCCACGGGGCUGAGUUGAAGAAUCAAAGAUUACCUGGGAGUGAUGGACAAGCAUCCCAAGAACCCUUUGUUCACAUCAAAAUCAUGCAGUGGACUUACAGAGAAGAUAACAUGGCUGCUGCCAAGGACCUAGGUGGCUUCAGCCAUGCUGAUAGAAAGUUUCAGAAACUGCUGUGGAGACCUUGAACAAAUUACGCACACUGUUGGAGCUCCUUGUGGUAAAUGGGUGUGAAUCUGAAUAAAUCUUGCAACGGAUUUUGCUGGGAGUCGGAUGCCAUUUUCCACAUAUACUUUGCACUUGGUAACAUGAUAAAUGGAUUUGAACAUUCACUAACUGGAAGAAAUUAUCUAAUUGCUCAAAUGUAAUUGAGUUAUGUCAGCUAUUUAUCAUAGGAAGAAGUCCCUUUGCAUUGCUCACAGUAUAUUAAAGCAUACACUAUUUUAAAACUACAAGAAGUUUUGAAGCAUUUGACACAAAAUCUUACAGGCUGUUUAUGUAAGUUUUGCAUAAACUAUCUGUACCAUUAAGACACAGGUUCGAACUAAGGUCAGGUAAGAGUUUGUUAUUUGCUAUCGAUCCUUGAGUGAAUUUAAAAGUUGAUAAUUCAUCAACAGGAAAAGACUGGCUAUCUUCAUUUUUAAUAACUUUUUUUUACGACACAUUGGUUUUCCAUAAGUAUACUUACAGGAAGUGUAGCCUUAAAGUAAAGCAAGGUUGGAAUCAGUGUGUGUAGACAUAAUUCACCUCACAAUUUCAAUUGGUUAUUCUAACUUAAUUUUUAUGAUGCCUUGUUUUGUGAUUUACAGUUAAAAAGCAAAUGUCAUUUUUGAAGCAAAUUAAAACUGAUGGUAGAUUACACUCUGUAUGGUUGGAGAAUUUGAUAAACACACAACCGAGUGAUGCAGAAACAGCAUCACAGUCACUACCAAAAUAGAUUCUCUAUAUUUCCACUAUAAUGUACCACAAAUAGAAUCAAAGUGCAGGAGCAAUUAAGUCUGCAAAGAAGGCAUCAGAAGGCUGCAGUCUUACAUUGGAAGUUUGCAUUCUAAAAUAAAUGGAGAAACGUAGAAUGGAAAAAAGUUAAUGAAGAUAUAACUCCAUUGAAAAAAUAAUAUUAGAUUAAAUAAUUUGCAAGGAUAUGAUUUCUUCUUAUUUGCCAAAUAACUGAUUUCUAUAAAAUUGUCUGGCUUGUAUAAAAACAAAAAAAGUUUGAGUGAAAACAAACUUCAAGAUGAAUACUCCCAGAACAUUGAUCUCCACUCCAAGAUUAGGAACUCACACCAGCAGUGCUGUCAGAAAAUCUGGUUUAUAAUGUAAAGCCACAAAGCACUGGUCCAUUGGACAUUUUGGACUUUUAAUUACCUAGAAAUUACAUCAUAGAAGCCAGCCAUCGAAAGAUGUUCCACACAAAUUCCAUCUCUGCAUAUCACCCAAUCCUUUCAACCUCAUGUACUUAAGUAUCUUUCAUUUGUAUUAUUUAUGUUAUUCGACAUGACUGACUGUUUAAUGAAAAAGUGGAUUACAGAUUCUCAAUUUUAAGUACAGUUUGCUUAUGGUGAAACUGUAUGUGUACAAAAAUUAUGUAUGAACUAAUUGUUAAAAGAAGCUGACAUUUUGGGGUCUCUGAGCCAAUUAUGUUAUUUGUUAUAAAAUAUUUAUCCAAAUUAUUGAUUGUCUAACGCAUCUUUUUUUAAAGAUCUCUAUUACGAUACCAUAAUACCAACCUUGUUAUUUUCUUUAAUUUUGAUGACAGAACAUUUUUUACAUUGUAGAUUUAGAUCUAUUUAAUUUUGACCAUGGUAAGAUUUAUUUUGCUACCAAAGGAGUUAGGAUUAUUUAACUAAUAAUAUUUGCAGUAUUUGAAGUGUACUGUAUUUGAUGAAAAAUGUAAUCCCUUUCUCUGGCAAUAUUCGAUUCCCAUUUGCUUUGUCAGUUUUCAGGAGAAAUGUAAAAUGAUCACGUGUUUGUCAGUGCUAGUUAUUUGACCCUAUUCCUGAGUUAAGAUUUAUAGACAACUCCAUCACCUAUACAAUAUAUUUCAACAAAGUCUGCAUAUAAUAUUUUGUUUCACCUUAGAAUAAUUGUGGUAUCAGGUUGUGUUAUGUAUGUUUUUACAUAUGUUGCUGACUCAAGAGUAACGUUACAUUAUUAAAAUUGAUGAGUUGAUUAAGCUGAGGAAAAUAAGAAAAUCUUAUUGUUCAAAGAAUUACAUUAUUUUCAGAACUCUGCAAUAUUGCAUAGAGUAGCAAAAAUCCAGUCAGCUUCUGAUGGUGCCCGAUAAUGCUAUACAUUACAAGCCCAACAGAUUACACCAUUAACCAAUUUUCUGAAAGGAUUGUUUUUACAGAUAUCCUGUCUUUUGUCAGAGACACAUUAAAAAUGAUUAAUAGACGAUGCUGAAAACGACAAAAAUUGAUUUGUGGCAUGAUACUUUAUUUUAUUGAUGUGGUUACUUUCCAAAUAAAAUAAUUUAAACCAACAUGAGUACGAAUAUGAGUUUGUGCAGAAUAGCUAUUGGUUCCAACAUAUUAUAGCACACCAUCAAAAAUGUUCAUAUAAACGAUCACGUUUUGUUAACAAUGUGAUUCGCAUUUUUAACACCUUGAUCAGCAAACAAAAAAAAAUAUUGAAGGCUAAUAAUUAAAUGUCUGCU